UUCAUAUUCGCGUCUCGCGGCGGCCGUUGUGGAUUGGAACCAUGGCCGACCUCAUGCUCCAGGGAGAGUUUUCCAAGGAUCCGAACAAGCCGUUCACGACGCGGGUCGACGAAGUGUCCGCGUCGUUUGACACCCUUAUGCUGGAAUGCAGCGAUUUGUUCCUGGCCUUGGAGAAACAAGACGCGACACAACAAGCCGAGGCAGCAGAAUCGAUCAAGAAGAAGCUCGAAGCAUUCAACUCGGUGUGUGAUGAGCUGUACAAAGAGAUCAUGCGCCGUAAAGAGAAGCUUGUCAACGCACACGAACGGGUACCUGGCAGCAACAAGUCGUCUGACUUGCAUCGGCAGAUCCAAACAGCGGGCAAUUUGGCCCAAAUGCUUGGCGAAUUCCGUCACUUUCUGGAAACGGGAAAGCAAGAAUCCCAGCAAUAAGCGAUGGCUAGUCUACCAAUGUGUACUUGAAGAGCUUGGGGCAUCCUCUCCCGCCUCGAAAACAGCAUGGAACAACUGCAUCCAUCACAGAAAUGCCUUGGAUCCAUCGUACUUUGGCUGUUGCUUCGACGAGCCACGGCAACCGCUCCUCACUCAGGAUUUUGACAGGCUGUACUCUGUCACCUGCGACGAGGUCACUGGUGAGAAUCCAGGAGGCCAUCAUUUCCCAGCCGACACAGCUUCAACCCUUCCUGGUCCACCUGCGGCAGAGGCCGAACGAGUUGACGUCUGUAUUGCCAUGCUGACGCGAUUUGAUAUAAUCCAGGAAUGCGGUCUGGUCCUUCUCA